AUGAUGCAGCUGAGCAAAUUUGGAUAUAACAAGUGCAUGCUGUAUUCCUGGGUAGACGGGGUAGACGAGGUAGACGAGGUCUGGAUCAGAAUGUAUAAUUACACAAGUCUCAUCAAUGACAGCCAUCAGUACCCUUGUGUUUUAAAUGAGACCUUAACGUACAUUUAUCUUCCAGUGAGUUACUCUCUGGUGUUUGUGGUGGGUCUGGUUCUAAACAUCACCGCCAUGUAUUUCAUUCUGUUUCAAACCAAACCCUGGAAGCCCACCACCAUCUACAUGAUCAACCUCACAGUUUGUGACACCCUUUACCUCCUAACUCUCCCGUUCCUCAUCUUCUACUACGCCGAUGAGAACGACUGGCCGUUCGGUGAGCCCAUGUGUAAACUCAUUCGUUUUCUCUUCUACACAAACCUCUAUGGAAGCGUCCUCUUCCUCAGCUGCAUCAGUAUGCACAGGUUUUUGGGUGUGUGCCACCCGCUGCGGUCUUUGCCCUGGAUGAACGCUCGCCAGGCAACUUUGGUCUCUGUGUGCAUGUGGGUGAUUGUGCUCAUCUUCCUGUCACCGAUCCUCUAUUUCUCCAGGACGAGAGAUGCUGGUGAGAUACAGGUGUGUUAUGACACCACCAGCAAGGCACUCUUCAAUAACUUUCUGGUCUACACCUCGGUGGUAAUGGUCUUGCUUUUCGUCCUACCGUUUGGGGUGGUGCUGGUCUGUAACGGUCUAAUAGUAAGGAAGCUUCUAGAAACUGGAGUGGGUAGAAGGCCAUCGUCACAGCGUUCCAGACAAAAGUCUGUGAAGAUGAUCAUUAUCGUCCUUCUCACCUUCAUGUUGUGUUUUCUGCCCUUCCACGUGAAUCGUAGUAUAUAUUACGCCUUUCACUUUCAGCAAGUGAGCUGCGAGGCGCUUGAGUACGCCAGCAUCGCUUACAAGGUCACACGACCGCUGGUUAGCAUCAACAGCUGCGUUGAUCCCAUCCUUUACUUCAUGGCAGGACAGGGUUUUAGAAAUGGAGUUAAAAAGAAGUCAAAUUCAAACCAAAUGUGUGACAAUACCUAUUAA